AUGGCCUCCCUUAAUCAACCAUCACACAGAAGCAUCUUCUUCUCCACUUGUCUUCAUUCUCUCUCCCAAACACCUCACAGGCUUAGAAAGAGAGUGUUAGCAACAUGGACACCAGACCAAGAACUCAACAAAGUGAGGCUAAGAUCUGGUGCAGACAUGAAAAGAAAGCUCACGUGGUAUGAUUUAAUGGCUCUUGGUGUUGGAGGAAUGCUUGGUGUUGGAGUGUUUGUCACAACCGGUCCGGUUGCCCGGAAUAACUCUGGUCCUGCAGUUUUCAUUUCAUAUAUCAUUGCUGGUAUUUCUGCUCUCCUUUCUUCUUUGUGCUACACUGAAUUUGCCAUCGAGAUUCCGGUAGCUGGAGGUGCCUUCAGCUAUCUAAGAGUGACCUUUGGUGAGUUUGUGGGUUAUUUUGCUGGGGCAAACAUACUAAUGGAGUAUGUACUAUCAAACGCUGCUGUUGCAAGAAGUUUCACGGAGUAUCUGUGCUGUGCCUUCGGAGGGAACGAUCCGAACUCAUGGAGAGUUGAAGUAGAUGGAUUAGGGGAGGGUUACAACAUGUUGGACUUCCCAGCUGUUGCAUUAAUAUUUCUUCUCACUCUUUGUUUGUGUCACAGUACCAAGGAGAGCUCUACAAUGAACCUUAUAAUGACAGUCUUCCAUGUGAUUUUCUUUGGGUUCAUUAUAAUUUCUGGUUUCUACAAUGGAAGUUCAAAAAACUUAGUAAAACCCGGAGGCCUAGCUCCUUAUGGUGUUAAAGGUGUCCUUGAUGGAGCAGCCAUAGUUUAUUUUAGCUAUAUAGGGUAUGACUCAAUUUCAACCAUGGCAGAAGAGAUAAAAAACCCUUCAAAGAGCCUCCCGGUGGGCAUCGUUGGAUCGGUUCUCAUCGUCUCUGCACUUUAUUGCUUCAUGGCCUUGUCUUUGUGUGCCAUGGUACCUUAUAACGAGAUAUCGAAAAGAGCAUCAUUUUCGAUUGCUUUCCAAAACAUGGGGUGGAAAUGGGCAAGCAACGUUGUCGGCGCCGGUGCAAGCCUGGGAAUUGUGGCUUCUCUCCUGGUUGCCAUGCUUGGCCAAGCUAGGUAUCUUUGUGUUAUUGGGAGGGCUCGGCUUGUGCCAUCAUGGUUUGCCAAGGUGCAUCCUUCAACAGGCACUCCUUUGAAUGCAACUCUCUUCUUGGGGGUUUGCCAAGCUUCAAUUGCACUGUUCACCGAGCUGGAGAUUGUGAUACAGAUGAUAUCUAUAGGCACACUGCUGGUGUUCUACCUAGUGGCCAAUGCUCUUAUAUAUCGUCGAUAUGUGAUCACUAGUAACAACCCUCCAUUCCAGACUCUACUAUUUCUCUCCCUCCUCUCAUGUAGCUCAAUUGGCUUCUCAUUAUCAUGGAAGCUCAAGCAACAAUGGUGGGGCCUAACUUUAUUUGGUGCUUCCAUUGUCAUCAUCACUGCUUUCUUCCACUACACAGUCCCUUGCCUCCGAAAAUCUUCCGAUUGGUCGGUGCCAUUCAUGCCAUGGCCGGCGGCAAUAUCCAUCUUCCUUAAUGUUUUCCUCAUGACAACAUUAAAGAAACUUUCAUACCUACGGUUUGGUAUAUGGGCAUGUAUAACAACUUUGUUCUAUGUACUUUAUGGAGUUCACUCCACAUAUAAAGCAGAAGAAAUGGAGCUGGUUGUUGAUGAUGGGGUUUGCCAAGCUUCAAUUGCACUGUUCACCGAGCUGGAGAUUGUGAUACAGAUGAUAUCUAUAGGCACACUGCUGGUGUUCUACCUAGUGGCCAAUGCUCUUAUAUAUCGUCGAUAUGUGAUCACUAGUAACAACCCUCCAUUCCAGACUCUACUAUUUCUCUCCCUCCUCUCAUGUAGCUCAAUUGGCUUCUCAUUAUCAUGGAAGCUCAAGCAACAAUGGUGGGGCCUAACUUUAUUUGGUGCUUCCAUUGUCAUCAUCACUGCUUUCUUCCACUACACAGUCCCUUGCCUCCGAAAAUCUUCCGAUUGGUCGGUGCCAUUCAUGCCAUGGCCGGCGGCAAUAUCCAUCUUCCUUAAUGUUUUCCUCAUGACAACAUUAAAGAAACUUUCAUACCUACGGUUUGGUAUAUGGGCAUGUAUAACAACUUUGUUCUAUGUACUUUAUGGAGUUCACUCCACAUAUAAAGCAGAAGAAAUGGAGCUGGUUGUUGAUGAUGGUGUGAACAUAAACUCAUCCACCCAACAAGCUAAUAAGCUUGAUAUUCAAGUGCUGUAA